UGGGAUUGCAAUAAUUGUGUUUUGGUCUUUCUAUCAUUGUUUCCACCUGCCCUGCAUCCCCCACCUCCAAUUCUUUUUCCUUACUUGAGCCUCCUUUCUAGUCAUCCUCUUUACUCUUCCUCCAAAUUAAGAAACUAUCGAAUCAAAACCCAUAUACCUCUUUUGUAAUGGAUUAUCAUUUCAUGGAAUUAAUUGUCGUUCUUCUUUCAAUUUGAGGUUUACAAGAAGGGGAAACGAAGAUGAGGAAUUUCGCAGGAACACCUGGAACAGUGACUGCUCUGAUUUUGAGAUUGUUGCAGUGUCUGUUUGCUGCUGCUUCAAUUGCUUCAAUGGCUUCCACUAAAUCCUUCUUCAGUUUCACUUCCUUCAGCUACUUAAUUGCUUCAAUGGGAUUGCAAGUGAUUUGGAGCUUUGGACUUGCAUUCCUAGAUGCAUGUGCCUUGGCAAAGAAGAAAGUCCUCCAUAAUCCCGGUUUACUGAGCCUCUUCGUUGUUGGAGACUGGGUUAUUUCAAUGUUGAGCCUUGCAGCUGCUUCUUCAUCUGCAGGAAUAACCGUGUUGUAUUUUAAUGAUUUGGGAAGUUGUGGUUUUGUGGAAUGCCAAAAAUACCAAUUGGCGGUUGCUUUGGCAUUUAUGAGUUGGAUAACAAUUGGAAUCUCAUCCUUAAUUAUGCUUUCCACUUUGGCUGCGGCCGUGAGUUAGAACUUUUCGCUUAUGCCCCUCUAUUUUUUAACAAUUAACUUUCGGUCCUUGUAUUUUCAAACAAAUCACCUUUUUAAGGUACAAAAGAAUCACUAUAUUUUGAAAAAAAAAAAAAAAAAUGAAGCGCGGAUAUAUGUAUAUUUUUUUUGGCAUUUAUAUUUUAACAAUUUAUCUAAAGUUUCCGGUUUUUAUGGACAAGAAACAACUUUGAUGGUUG